CACUUAUUACAUUGAAGUAUCAACGGAUAAGCUCGAUUGGUUGCGUGUAAUAGAUCAUUCAAUUUAUCAUUGUCGGUCAAUUCAACGUUUGUGGAUUAACCGAAUAUUUGUUCGAUACAUUCGAAUUGUUGGCACCAAUAUUACUAGCAAUAAGACUUUUAAAUUUUUGAAAAUCAUGUACACUACGGCCCAAUUGCACUUGUUCAAAAUCAAAAACGGACUAGUGGCUCCAAAGUACAAUGUUGCUUUACCAUCUAUGGAUUUAGCUGUAAUCAAAAGACAAAUAGAUUGUAUACAGGUUCAACUCGCCCAACCGUAUGUGCUUAGUUCAAUGAGGUUGCAGUUUAACGAUGGCAGUAGCCGAACUUGUGGUUACCUUAUUCAUGUUUCGGUCAAUAAUGAAGACUGGAAACUGAUUGCAUAUAAAUACGAGAAGCCGGCACGAUUGUGGCAUUUUUUGAAAUUUGAUCCCACGCCGAUAGUAUAUAUACGUAUUACUGCCGUUCGCACUUCAAUAAAUGCCAUACUUUUUGUAAAAGUAUAUAUUGAGGCACCUGCUCCAGACUCAUCUGAUUCCAACUCCACGCUUAAACUGUCACGGUCGAUAUUUUGUUUUUAGGUUGUCAAUAGCGCCAUCAUUCGCUAACAGGCCUACUUC